AUGGCCAGUAUAGUCACCGGCCCUCUCGGUCGAUUCCGUAAGAACGGAUCCCACAAACGGCUGCACGAACGAUGGGGCGACGUGGGCAUCACCGUUCCCACCGAGGGCUCCUGGAACCAGCGCGACGACCCCCACCGGUCAUCAGACCGCAGACGACCCGCCUACGAAGUUCUAAGUCGAGGACAGGAUACUCCUGUCGAGGAUCAUCACGAAUCCACCCAACCCAGCUCUUUCUCCGUCAAGGCGCUAAACCCACGCCGUCUUUCCAUGCGCAUCAGCUCCCGCUCCAAAACCACCACCGACUACCCUAAAGAGAACACUACCCCCACCGACCGUCAAACCAAAGCAGAGAGGCGGGUGUCUCAGUUCACCUACCGACCAAUUCAUCAAGAUUAUCCCACGGAGAUGGCUGAAAAGGCUUCUCGACAGAGUCAGCACUCUCCCCGAUUCAAGUACAUUCCUACUGCACCUCAGUAUGCUGAGGAACUUGGACUCCCGACUUCACGUCGCUGGUCGAGUCAGCGGCAUAGUGUGCAGAGUAGUUGUCCGAGUGAGGGUACCCGGCGGAGUCAUCGCCGGUAUCCUGAUGCUGCAGAGGAUUGCUAUGAUGAUGAGUACUAUGAGGAGAGGAGAGAGCGAUACGAACGACCUUUAUCUACUAGACGAGAUAGGAGCAGUGUGGACUACUAUAGUGCUGCCACUAGUAGUCGACGGGGCAGUCCGGCGUUGGGUCGCAGUGGGGGAGCCACGGAGAAGCGGGGCCGGUCUGGGAGAAACUUGACGACGGCGAUGGUCCCGGAUGCUGAUGAUAUUUAUGGAUAA